CCCCAGACCUGUCCAACCAGUUGUUUGGGAGGAGGGGGCACCUGGGAGGGGUAGCAGGAGGUGCCAGAAGCAGCUUCCCCCAGCCUAGCACACAGGGCAGAACUCCAGGGCUCUGGUUGCUGCAGACGGACCCUCACACAGACAGACGGUUGGACACUUGGCCUGACUAUGGGGUUCAGUAGGGGACAGUUUGGGCUGCUGACGCCACCGUUGCUGCUGCUGACCUGCCUCCAGCUGGGCAUAGGCCUGGAGUGCAUCCGCUAUAUGCCCCAGCUCUCAAAUGCCACCCUGGCGGCGACACUCACCCAGACCACCUUUACUCUGGAGCAGCCGCAGGGCCGGUUCAGUCACCUCAACAUCUCUGACUUUGAUCCCAUCUGGCUGGUAGUGGCUCACAGCAAUGCUGUCCAGAACUUCACUGCCCCACAGAGGGUGGAGGACACCCCGGUCCCUGCCGACUUGCCCCAGAGGGGUUACUACCUCACGCUGAGGGCCAACCGGGCGCUCUACCUGAGUGGCCAGCCUGGCAACCAGCUCCGGGUCCUCCGCGUUGGCAAUGACACCAGCUGCUCCCCAAAGACAAGGGGAUGCAACCACCCUCUGCCGGGCCCGGGCCCCUACCGAGUGAAGUUCCUGGUGAUGAGUGACAGAGGACCCUUGGCUGAGACACAGUGGUCCAGUGAGACCCGUCUGCAGCAAGCUGAGGCAUUCCAGGCUACCCCAGGGCCCCGGAGUGCAGGCACUGUGGUCAUCAUUGCCAUCCUGUCGGUCCUGCUGGCUGUCCUUGUCACCACCCUCCUCACCCUGCUCAUCUACACCUGCUAUAACACCUGUGGGAGCACCCUCAUUUCAGGACCAGGAGAGUCGGUGUACAUGAGAAGAUAUAACCCCCACCACGUGUUUAGCCCUCCAGCUGUGAGGGGCUCCUGAAGGGCUCCAGGGGGCUUCCAUCUUCCCUUCAACCUCCUCCCUGGUCCAGGCUGCAGAGCCUGAGGUGGGGGCGUGUCCUGCAGCUUCCAGAGCUCAGAAAUAAAUGUCCCCAACACCC